AGAGAGUGUACCUUCCUCCUCGCUUGGGAGCGAGAUGAGAGGAAGGGGAUGUGUGGGAAGGUGAGAGGAAAGGGACUUGACUGCUCUCACCGGUUCACCCACACAUAUCUUUCCCAUGUCCUCACGACCUAAAGGAGUAAAAGAGAGGACAUGGUGAAGGGAAGAGAGCGAAUGAAUGGAGAUGAGGACGCUCUCACCCUUCCUUCUCUCGUCUCCAUGUCUGACCUGUCGACGAACGAAGUAGAGGAGAAAGGAAAGACAUGGCCCGGCUCAUUUCCCUCGCCGUCGGUGACAGAAAGGAAACGACAAGAGAAGGGAAAGAGACGGGGAAGGGGAUGUGUGGAUGGGAAAGCCGCCAUUAUACAUAUUCUCUUUCUCGCGGCUUUCACACACAUCACCUUCCUCCCUCACUCUUCCAUCUCGCUCCUCUCGCUGACGAGUGAACAUGAGGAAGAGAAAGGAGAAGAGAUGGGUCCAGUCCUUACCCUUUCAUCUCGUUUCCUCGCUGUCAAGCACGGACUGGAAGGACAAGGUGAAGAGACAGCGAAGAGAAAAGAGAUGAUAGAGAGGUAAGGACGGGCCAGCCAAUUAACCCUUCUCAUGCUCUGGCUCUAGGAAUUAAUGCCUUUGUGGAGCCAGGUCAAGGGUUAAUAAGCUGGUGAGUGCAAUGGAAGGGAAUGGUGUGAGACGGAGGUGAGAGUAAGUGAAUUCCUAUAGCCCAGAGGCUUCUCUCCACCUCCUCACACCAUCUAUUCCCUUCCCCAUCCUUCCUCCAUCUCCAUUCUCUAUCCUCACUCCAUUCCCUCCCUACCACCUGUGUGUUUGGUGGGUGAGGGGAAUGUGAGGAUAGAAUGGAUGAAUGGAGAGUCUGGUCUCUCGGUCUUCCAUCCCAUCGUUUCCCAUUGGCCUUAAUUUGUAGGAGCGGCGCCAAUGGGGAGGAGAUAUGGGAUGGAGAAUAGCCGAGAGAAGAGAGGCGGCUCUUGGCCUUGUGUGUGAGGUCCUUGUCCCCUUCAUUCGUUCUACCUUCAUUCGUUUCUAUUUAUUUUCAUUAUCUACAUCUUAGGAACGAAGGGGACAAAAGGAACGACCUCACACCCCGCUCCGCUCCUCAGCCAAUGGCAUACCGUGGAAGAUAGAAAGGAGCGGCAUUCACAAUGAGAAUAGACCGGUAGGCGAGAGGCGAGCCCAGAGGCAUGACAUUUCCUUGCUUUCCAGGUGCUUAAGAACGAGUGAAGAGACGAGUCCAUGGGAAAGCAAAAUGUCAUGAAAGAAGCUCGCCUUCCCCUCACUCACUUCGUACCUCCACUCUCGGUUCUCGUUCCUAAGGUGUAGAUAGUGAAUGAGCCCGCGGGAAAUGAACGGCAGGGAAGGUCCUAAAGAGACAGUUCCUUCAAGCCUUACAUUCCUACCUCUGGGACUUGUCCCCACCAUUUCCUCACGGUCUAAUUCAUAAGCUGAGGAAGGGACGAGGCAAUGAAUGAAGACCGCUCACACCGCCAACUCGCUAUCACAUCCCAUUCCUUCCCUAUCUUUCCCUUCCUUGGUAUCUUCGCCUGGCG